AAAGUAUGGCGAAUGUGCUUUAAGAAGACUCAGGCAUUUUGAGAGGUGGGUAUGAGUGUUUGUAUUGCUUAUCCCUACACACCCCGACCCUCAAUUACUUGGUUUAAAUAUCUAAGAAUUUCAAUCAUAAUCAAGCAAUAAUCAACAAUCAAUAAAUAGAAGUAAAAAUAUUGAUACAAUCAACAACAUCUUGCAAUCAGUAUUCAACAAAUAAUGAAUGAUUUUAAUUUCAAUGUAAAUCUUUUUUUAGUGUGUUGAUAUUGUAUGUUAUAUUUUUUUACAACAUAAUGAUCAUAAUGUUGUAUUAAGUUCAUUGGAAACACAUGAAAUUAUACUUAAAUAUUCAAAUUUAUUUGAUUUUGAUCAAUUAUUAAUUUCAACCCAAAUUGGAUCUAUAGAAGAAAUUCAUGUUAGUGAAGCCUUAAAAACAACUUAUUCAACAUAUCAACGUUGA